GGGCGCUAAUGUUCCAAGAUGGAUGCCGUGUGCCUUAAUUCCUUCACUAGAAGAAGACGCUUGAGGAAGACUACAACUAUGGAGCGAGUGGAGAGAUAGCACGGGUGGGCAGUUAAAUGCGAGAUUAUUCCACCAACUUUUAACUGCUGAUAACACUUCUUUGUUUCACCCCAUGGACAACUCCAUUGUUCAACUAACGCUCGGUCAUACAUAACAAACCAGGUACGACCUUCGAACCCGGAAGUAAACAAGAUAUCGAGGUAAUCGUGCUCAAUAGCAGUUACCUUUUUGAGUUAGCUAAGCUAAGCUAACAGCAAAGCUAAGGAGGCGGUUCCAUAGUGGAGGUUCUCGGACAGAUGGACAGUCAGUGAGGGGUUUGAACGGUGUCGCCCUCACCUUGCUCUGCCUGUGCUCUUGUGGUCAGCUUGGGUUGUUGUCUCCCGUCAUGCUACCAGACGGUCCUCUUGUAGAAAAUAAGAGCCGCCUGCUGAUGGCGCUGUACCGCAGUAAGAGAGCCGUAAACGCGGCUGAGCUGUUGAGCCGGAGGAGCAGAGGUAUCAGGGAUGCUGGGACUCUGAUCAGACACAACAUGAAGGUCCUUCGAGGUAUCCUCCUCCAGGACAACAGGGAUUUCAUUAACGUAUGGAACAAGAGCUCCAAAUCUACAAUAAUGUAUGAGAAUGGUAAAAUCUACUUUGAAAAUUACCAGAACUGCUACAGCUGUGUUCAUGCAGAGCCUCAAGUUCUAUACAAACUGCCUAAGAGAUCUAAACUGGAGAAGUUUGAAGAUGCCUUGCUGUGUCAGAGCCCACUUGACAGCACACUAGCCUCCCCCUCUGAUCAAAAACCCAGCCUCUUGGCUUUAACCGCCGACAACUGGCUGUGUCGCCUUUCAGCUGAAACAGGAGAGGAGCUGCAGAGAGUUUACCUGUCUUCAAACCAUAAGUUCAGGUAUCUCAGCUGGGAUGUUUCUCAAGAGAUGUUUUAUGUUAAAUCUGUUCAAAACAAAGAAACCUCUUUAGCCCGACACGCGGGAAUCACUCAGAAUACGGUGAUGCACCUGGCCAUCUUUCAUGCCUUUCCCUUACAAAUUGUUGGCAUUUUGGAGAUCAACAAAAAGGUAUUUGGAAAUGGCGUCACCGAUGUUGUUCUGUCCCAAGGUGUCCUCGUGGUGUCUUACAGCAACAAGUCGGUGAAGCUGUACAGCUUUGAGCACAUUGUUCAAAGGUACUUGACAGAGAAGCUAACGCUUGGAAAGCAGAGUUCACUUCUUGGUGGCAAAACUGUGGGCGAUGUUCCGUUUGGCAUCCCAGUAAAUAUACAGAUCACAGAUCGGCCUCCAGUGCUUUUCGAGGUAUCAUGUGCUAAUAACAGUGUCCAGAUUGGAGGCUACCCGUGGCAUUACAUCUACACACCACUGCAUAAAAAUCACAAGGGCACUCACCACAUCUGUUCACUGAAGGACAGCACCAUGGCAUCAAAUGGAAUACAAAACAUGAACUGCUGCUCUCUAGAGAGUGAUGGGAUUUUCUUCCACCCUGACGACUCGGGAAGAAUCCUUCAUGUUGGACCUGCCAUCAUAAAUGUCCUGAAAAUCCUUGGUGAACUGAACAAUGGUUUAGCAUCAAAGGUAGUUGAGGAUUUCUCCAUGAAAAUCGAUCGAAACAACAAUCCUACCUCACAAGUCACAGUCACCUCAUCGGGCCGAACAGUGAAGAAAAGAUUUCAUCAGCUGGAUGAUGACCCAGAUCAAGAGACUUUCCGUAUCGUGGAAUAUGAGGACGAGCUGGACCUUUUGGCAGUGGUGGUUACUAACGGUGAGGAGGGAGAAGGAAGAGCCCAAAUCCGACUGCAUGACAACCAGAGUGGGCAGUUACUGCGGACCGUGGAUCUGGUUGAGCCUUGGGACGAGACUUAUCGCCAUGAGUUGUUUUUUGACAAAGACACAGUUGUUCAUACUGAACAGAAGAACACCAGCUUCUGCUGCCAUGUUUACAAGCUCACAGUUGCCAGAAAAUAAGGCUUUUAUUUUUCAAGAUAGUGUAAAUAUUUGUUUCUGUUUUUGUACAGUUUUUCUGUAAAACUCAUAUUGCUGUUUUUCACAUCUGGAUUACUGUGUCAUGUCUAUUGUGUGAAUUAUGUUAGAUAAACAUCAUUGAUGAAUUCAAUCAUUGUGGUGUCUACACUGUAUUACUGAUAAACAAGUGCGGUCUCAUCUCGUCUAUGAACACUUUUACAAUCUUUCUUUUAAAUUAAAUUCUUAUGUUUUUCCAAGCUACUUUGUAUUUCUGCAUCCUGCAUCAUUCUUCUUUCCACCAUGUUCAUCCAAAUAAACAUAUUCAAAAUUGGCUUCGAUGCAAUGUGAUCAGAACUGUGCAUUAUUGUGCAACUUGCUUUCACAACCCGCUGCACUAAUGUGUGUGCGUGGUGAAAGCUGGCCAUUUGUUACAAAUAUAAAUAAGCAUUCUUGCAAACUCGGGCAAGUUUACAUUUUGGGUUUUUAUACCGAUGUUCAUUAACAUACAGUAUGCUGUCCCUGUCAAAUAUGCAAAUAAAUACAUUUGAAAUUGCAGGUUUUGUAUCAAGCUACAGGUGUGCCCAAAUGUUAUGUUGUAGUUUGAAGUUAUUAGCAAAGGUUUGUUUUUUACUGAACUACUAAUAAGUAAUACUGAAGAGGAAUUAAUAUAAAACAAACAUAUAACUUACAACCUUUAUUUAAGCUGAAAAAAAACCACACAUUGAGGAACUA